UAUCGACCGUCCUUGCACCUUUCUCACCUGACCCAAUCACCUUCCUGCUUCGAAGCAUUGCUGUCAAGAUCGUGUUCAUCACCGAACGUAGCUAGCGCUGAAACGCACCAGACAAAUCACGUGGCUACGACACGCGCGCUCUCCCUCCUAGCAUCACAGACACUCGACCAACAUGUCGGAUUGGGACGCAUCAUCCGAUGAUGGGGCAGCUUCAAAGCCCAGCGUCAAACCCGCCGCUGCGCCGGUGGCCAGGAGAGGCAAGUUCGACGAUGAAGAUGUAGAGGAAGAGGUCAAGGAUGACUGGGAAGAGGAAGACGAGAAACCCGUGCCGGCGCCUUAUGUGCCUGCACCCAAGAAGAAGGGAAACUUCAAAAGCAAGAUUGCAGAAAAGGAAGCCGAGGAGAGGAGAAGGGCCGAGUUGGGAAUCGGCUCUGAUGAGGAGCUGGAAGAGGAGGAGGAAGAGGAUCCCGCAGCAAAGCGAAAGGCGGAGAGAGAUGCGCAGCUCAAGGCGGACGUCGAUAAUGCGGCCAAUUUGCUAGGCGUGACAAAGGUCUCCGGUGCCACCUCUUCGGGUGCCGACGCUAGCGGACUGGGCUCGCUCAAGAGCGCCAAGCCAAAUACGAAGGAGGAGUGGGAGAAGCACGCUUUGGACAUCUUCAGCCAGCUCGUCAAGCCUUUGAGCUCUAGACCGGGCUACGACAAGCACUUUGUGCCCGCCCUUUGCAACGCUCUGGGUGGUCCUGACGCUGGUCUGAGGGAUGUGGACAUGAGAAAGCUGGGCAACAGAUGGAGAGAGCUGGCAGAGGAGAAGGUGAGGUGGGACAAGGAGAGCAAAAAGUUGGGAGGAAGGAAGCCGGCUGCUGCUACUGCUGCCAAGGCCAAGCCAAAGACUGUGGGCACAUCCAGCGCAAAGAAUGUCAUCGAUACGAGAGCAUACGGCGACGAGGCGCUGGAUGAUGGAGACGACUUGGACUUUAUGUGAUCGCUUGGGCGCGCCAAGGACGUCAUAGAGCCGAAAGGGGGGCAGUACAGCGGGACGCGAAGGGAUGGGUCACCCUAGAGGCUUAGGCACGGGCGUUCACGGGGCCGAGACUUCACCUCAGCUGGAGUUUGCCAAUGUCUCGUUCUAUCGCAAGCUGAUUCCUGCCGCAUGUAUGCUAGCAAAAGGUUGAGGCGGCGGUGCCAAUAGUCACUCUUGCAGCUCGACGCUGCGAUCAGCAUCAAAAUCGGCAGCUCGUCACUCUUGCGACUUGUGAUUUGCCAAUCAUGCUCGCUAGACGUCGAGUCGAACGCGUCCCUAUGGUGGCUACUUGAUCUUCGAUCAUUGGGCUUUCGGUGUUGGUCUACUGCGUGAAGCGAGAACAAGUCG